AUGAAAUCCUGUCGGCAAUGUCGAGCUGCCAAGCGCAGAUGUAUGCUUGGCAAGGGCAGCGAUUCCAGCCCAUCCUGUGAUCGCUGCCUGCGCCAUCAUCUUGCCUGUUCACACUCUCAGCUCAAGCCACUAGUGCGGACACGGCUCGAAGCCCGUCAUCCCGUCACUCGGUCAUCGACAGAAUCGCAGACUCGGCCUACAAGCCUAGAUGAUUUCCUCUCCGACGAUGGAUCCGUCGCGGUGCUAGUUCAUGAAUAUCUGUCCAAGAUUCACGGUCGGCCUCAUAGCAUCUUUCACGCAGCGACUUUGUGGAAGGACAUUCGCAAGCGACAAGCCAGCAAGGCUUUGAUCCUGGCCAUCUGCGCAAUGGGGGCUCACGUCUCCAAUCAGCCAGGUUUACGAUCACUCGAGCCGCUGCUCACCACGGAGUCCAAGCGGCUACUUCUGAUCGAUCUUGAGCGCGUGUGCCUGGAAAACAUACAAACCUGCAUCCUGGUCGCAAAUCUAUGCGUGGCACAUGCAAACCCAUCGUCAGAGUUUCUAUUCUUUCGUAAGUUUCCGAUUUGA